AUGACCACACCCCGGUUAUCUUUCUUUUAUCCUAAUCUUAUGCGAGCGGUCCGAUCAUGUGAGCCAAAGACGUACCGCCAUAUCAAGCUCAGUGCCCGGAGACCUUUUCACACCAGCCGUCGCCAUGCACAGCAAGUCUACCAGCGCCGAUAUGGGCCAGCGGUCGAACCAAACAUGCCUCCACACUUACACUCAGAGAAUUCCCAAUCGCAACCAACGGAUGUUCCUGGGGCAUCAAGUGGAGAGGUAGACCGCACAGAGGGGGCUAGCUCGUCGGAACAGUCAUUGUCGCAACCCGAGCCACAAGAACAAACUGAGUCAUAUCCUUCGGAACCUGAAACCGAUACCACAAAUGAUACAACUAGCGAUGCGGUCGAUGCUGCAUCCUCAUUUCUAUCAGAAAAGGCAGCAGCUGACUCUACGAAAAGUAAUGACUCAGCUGCCCCGGAGCAAGCCCCGGAGCAAGCAUCGGAGGAUGAUACCACGGCAAGCGCUUCGGCAUCAUCUCCGUUUGAGGAGAUGAAGGAAGAACUGGCCCACAUGUCUCCAUAUUCGAGUACCAACAGCUCAUUUGAAGAAGUCUACCACAUGCCCUCUCCAUCGACAUAUCUUACUCCAACGGACCCAUCGAACGCCGAGCAUAAACCGCCACAUAUGUCCCCUGCACCGUAUGUGCACCAUUUUGAUACAUAUUCACUCGUCCAAGACCUAUCAAAGGGUGGAUACACCAAGCAGCAAUCUACGACAAUCAUGAAAGCAGUACGGACCAUUUUACAAAAUAAUCUCAACUUUGCUCAGCAGAGCUUGACCUCCAAAUCAGAUAUAGAGAACGAGUCAUAUCUAUUCAAGGCAGCUUGCUCGGAACUCCAGCAGUCGCUUCAGACAGCCCGCCACUCAGAAAUCCAAAGGCAAAGAGCUGCCCGGGGCCAGCUAGAACAUGAGCUCGAUAUACUCUCUCAACGCCUGAACCAAGAGCUUGCGGGCAUGAAGGAUGAGAUCAAGGGCAUGUUCAAUGACCACAAGAUGAGCACUCGAGAGCAGCAACGCGUCAUCGACACAUCGGACCAGGAGUUGAACUACAAGAUUACUGUUUCGCUCAACAGUGACGGGAAGAGCGAAAUCGAAAGCCUACGAUGGAUUUUGACAAGACGCGCUGCUAUGGCUGUUGCUACCUGUGCCUUCAUGAUGAUCCUAUUCCUCAAGUACGCCUCCACUCGGAAGCCGCAGGAGCCAGCCAAGGCAGCCGAAAUUGAGAAGCCUGUCAAGGAAGUGUCAAAAGAAACCCGGGUCAUCCAUGAGGCACCUCGCCAACCCAAGACUCCUUCUAUUGCCGCUAUUGCCGAAGUGAACCUUGGAGAGUCUCUAGGCUGA